GCGGGUGGCUGUAUAUAUCGACCACAUCGGACGAAUAGCAUGAGUCAAUCGGACCAGAACCCGUUUGUCUGUCUGAAGAGCUGAACAGGAGAACCGGAUUUCUCGCCACCGGCAGCAUCGUAGCUAGUGCUCACAACACCGUCCCGAAGACAAUGGCCUCGACUCCCGACGGUAUGGCAUCAUGGUCCGUGUCGCCCGUUUAAGCCGGCAGCUCCGGCACGGCCAGUCAACUCCUCAGGUUGGACUUUGCCGGCGGGAAACCCCCUCGUCAUGCCGUGCCCGCCUUCCUUCCAUACCUGGCCCGAAAAAUUCGCUCUAGCGAAAUGUGAGCGUGCUCGACUUGGCUGGAUAUUUGUCGACGUUUGAACCUUUGAAUAUGAGUAAAGCUGACAGUUGUGAUAGUAUUGGCGACGAGACGCUAGUGAGUGCAUCAUGCGGCCUUCGUUUGCGGGACCGGGUUGUCGCGCGGAUCAUCCGCAUGAUGUGAGGAGACGAGAGUGAUGGAAGAGGAAUCGGAAUCGCUCGCUUGGGAUGCGAAGAGAUGAGAGUGAGUGCUGAUCAGAAAAAGCCCAUUUUGGCCUUGGCAGAGUCGAGACUUGACAUGUUUGAGGAGGAGGAGACAACCUGAGGGUCAAAAGUGCUCGCUGGCAAAAGUAAAGUGGUCUAAUCUUGGAAGCUCGAUAGGCGGCACUUGGGCGCUAGCCAGUGAGGUGGGACGAAUGAUGAGAAAGUCCGAGGUAAAGUUGACGAGGUAUGAUGCACAGUAAGCUUUGUUCAUGCAGUGUAGCGGUCCCUGAUUUUCAGGAGGACGAUCGAAGAGCGAUUGAACUUACGGACUUUCAGGAAAGAAAUCCAUCUCGACAUGGCAGGACGAUGUUCCUCUGGUACGGGUAGUUGUGUAAAGGACGAGCUGGGUAGUUUGCGUGAAGCAGCUUUCGAGGUUUCACCUCCCAAGAAAGGUGGGACUUGUGACUAGUUCAGUGAGUGAAGAGCAAGGUGAGACAUCCAGCACGGCAGGAGGAUAGAACACAUCGCCGCGAGUCAAAGCCCUAGUAGGCAAUGGGCUAUUGACAGAUCCUCGAGCUUCUUCGUAUUGAUGGCGUGAUCUGAAGAUGGAGGAGACAGUCAGUUGUUCAGAUUAAGCCGUACUAUGAAUUCGUAGACUAAAGUUCAUCCGCUCGUCCAUGGCUUCACUGAAGCUGGAGUACACAUCUCCACACUUGUCACUCAUUCUUCUGGCUUCGCCCCAACAGGUGUAUCGAUAUCUCGUUUUCCCCUUUUUAAACCCUCUGUCUACGUAACUGUAGGGUAUGACACAGCCUAAAAAAACAAACAGGCAUGCAGUAGCUCUCCGCAAACACCACCACAGAUUCCUCAUCAACGAUUCUCUCCAUUCUCGUCUCCAGCAUCCAACAGCUGAGCAACUGACACCAGCAUUUUCCCCUUUCCUUUUCAGAGACCUUCUGCAUUGUGUCCGCCCGCCCGCCUGCAAUCUCAUCCUCGUCUCCACCAUGUUUCCGAAAAGUCUACCGCUCUCGAGCUGGCACUGCCUACGGCUUCCUCCUAGCCUCGGAAAACACGUACCACAGAUUCUAUACCAGCGUAUGGCCUCAAUACAAGAAAUACACGGACGGCAGACGAUCCCGUAAAACAGAAGUAUGAACUGUUGCCUGAAAAGCAAGAGAAGGAGAAGAGAAGCUUCUCAUACGUUCGUGAGACAGAUGGACAAACAGUUGAAACUUACACUUCCUUUAUAUAAUAAGUUUUUGGGCAUUUAUUGACAUCAAUAUUUAGGCUGUACGUGGUAUCCUUCUAGGUAUGUGUACAGGCUGAACUCCCUGCCUACCCACCUUCAAUGAUAUUUUGAUCCACUUACUCACGUAUCGUCUGCCAAGCUUAUUGGGUAAUGAAUACGAAGCAGACGGAAAUUUCACGUACUCUUCCUCUAUGACGAUGCAGUUGUCAAAGGACCGAGGAGCACAAAACCAACAGGAUGGAGUAUGUUGAAAUGGAUUGGUCAAUACAUAUAAACUUACCCACUGUUGCGAUGACAGUAAUAGAAAGUGCUGAG